AAAAUUAAAAAAUUGAAGCCCUAAAAUCUCAUUUCAACUCUCUUUCCCUUCCCGUGUUCAGCUUCUCUUCUGACCCCAGACACGCGACAGCCUGCCUGCACUAGACAGCUCCGGCUCCGACUCCGACUUCUUGCGACGCCGAGACCCUUCCCGACGGGCAGAUCCCUCCGCCACCAUCCGAGGAACAAAAAUUAACCUGGAGAAGAGAAAUUAAAUGAUGAAAGUACUCUAGUUAUGAAAUCCAAUCCCCUCAUGUACCAAUCAUUGGAUUGUUUUCUCAGUACUCAAUCCAGUAGUUUGCCGAAAACAGGAAUGAAUUCAACAUUAUCAAACUGACCCUGAUAACACAGAACCUCCCUGACCUGCUGCUCUGUCCCACGACGGGAUCCAUUCUUUAAAGCAACCACACGGUCAACUGCAGAGCCAUUUCCAUCCAAGAAGCUGACAACGACGCGACCAAGCUAUUAACAAUCGAAUCUUAGCUUCAGUCCACUUUCCCAGGCCCAAAUCCAAACCUCCACCACCUAUCUCAGCAAAGAAGGCAUCACUUUUUACAUGGAGGAAUCAAAAGAAAGGAAGGAAAGAUUGAGAUUAAUGCGUGCAAAAGCUGAUCAGGCUGAAAAUUCUAAAGACAGUGAAACAACUCUUGCAAUGCCUUUUCACCUAUCGAAUCCACUGAUCGAGACCUCCGCUGCUACACCACCGCAAGAACCAUCUAGGUUUGAUUUUUAUACAGAUCCUAUGGCAGCAUUUACUGCCAACAAGAAAAGGAAUACAGAAAGUCACCAUGUUUCCUUAGAUCAUUAUACUCACACACCUCCAAUCAACAGUGGUUCACCCAUGCUAAGAGCUCCAUAUCCUGUUCCAGGACCCCGUGCUGAAAUGACCCCUAUAGCUCAUCAGUUUCAAGGAAGUUACUUUCUUGAUCAAGGAAAUCUAGGUCCCUCAAAUGGACCAGGUAGUACAAUGGGUUAUAAUUUUCCUGGUGUUCAACCAAGAGGGCAUAAUUUUCAGAGUCCUAGAUUUGGUCCAAUGGGUAGUCCUUUUAAUACAGGAAGAGGUGGGAGUGGAAAUCGCUGGCAGGGUAACAGCCUGAGUCAUAGUUCAGGUCGAAGAGGAGGAGGACGAGGCAUGGGUGGUCGUUUCUCUACAAUGGAGAGACCAUUGGGGCCCGAGAGGUUUUCUCAUAGUUCCAUGAUCGAAGAUCCAUGGAAGUUUUUGACACCUAUUACUUGGAAAGGGGUGGAUGCUCCAUUGAGUAGGUUGUACACUUCUGAAACCUCGAGAUCCUCUUUUGAGAUGCACAAAACUAAAGUUGACAAUACUCCAAAGAAUGUAAGUUCUCAGCCAAGCCUAGCAGAGUAUUUGGCUGCCUCUUUUGAUGAAGCAGCCAACGACGCAUCAAAUACAUGACAGUUUCUCCGCCGAUAGGAAGUGCUUCAUGAUACUGACUGUGCUAAUCAGCAACUAUAGUGUGCUAGAGGUCCUUUUGUAUCUCACAGUUUUCAAACAAAGGGAUCACUUCAAUGUCUUUCUGAGAUGUCUUUGUUUGUACUCUUUCUUUCCUUACAAAAUUUUACAGUAAUGGGAUUUUGCUUUGCUAUCUUAGUUCAAGCCAAGCAAAGGACUUUUUCGAUUACAAAUUUUUGCUCUCAUUCCAAGACUUUCUAAGUCGAGCUAAAGAAGAUUUUGGAUAUGAUCAUCAA